AUGUCCCUCCAAGUUUUAGCAUCUCAAGUUCCCGUUGCUGAUGUUAAACCAGUUUCAGCUAAUUUUACCCCCGGCAUCUGGGGAGAUCAUUUUCUCUCUUAUGCUACUACGGAAGUUGACAUUAAACUUGAGCAACAGGUCCAAACUCUGAAAGAUGAGGUGAAGAAGAUGCUAAAGGAUUUUGCUAAAAAGCUUUUACAUCAAUUGAAAUUGGUUGAUGACAUUCAACGUUUAGGGGUGUCAUAUCAUUUUGAAUCUGAAAUUGAUGAAAUUUUGAAACAUAUUCACCACAACUACCUUUGUGGUGGUGAUGAUGACAUUUACACUACUGCUCUCCAUUUUCGAUUGCUUAGGCAACAUGGUUUUAAAAUUUCAUGUGAUAUAUUCAACAAGUUCAAGGAAGACAAUGGUCAAACUUUUAAGCACUCGCUUCUGAGUGAUGUUCGAGGACUAUUAAGCUUGUACGAGGCCGCUCAUCUUAUGAAACAUGAAGAAGACAUAUUAGAAGAGGCAGUAGCCUUCACCACCACUCAUCUUGAGUCGAUGAGACACAGUUUAAGCCCUUUACUUUCGAAACAAGUCGCGCAUUCCUUGAAUCAGCCACUUCGAAAGGGCGUCAAUAGGGUGGAAGCAAGAUAUUACUUGUCGAUAUACCACGAAUGCGACUCGUAUAGUGAAACUCUCUUGACUUUUGCCAAGUUGGAUUUCAACCGAGUGCAACAAGCCCAUCAAAAGGAACUAUGUGAAAUUACAAGGUGGUGGAAGAAAUUGGAUGUGGAAAACAAUCUACCAUUUACAAGAGACAGAAUCACCGAAGUCUACUUCAUUUGGGCUCUCUCAGUGUAUUUCGAACCACAAUAUUCCUUUGCAAGGAGGACAUCAUGCAAAGUCACUUCAAUGCUAUCAAUUUUGGAUGACAUUUAUGAUACCCAUGGCACAAUAGAAGAAUUAGAGCUCUUUACCGAAGCAAUUCAGAGGUGGGAUAUCAGUGCCGUAGAUCCAUUGCCAGGUUAUAUGAAAUUCAGUUACACGGCAUUGUUAGAUGUUUAUACUGAAAUUGAAGGAGAGCUUGCGAAGUUGGGACAUAUACAUCGAAUUCACUACCUCAAAGAAGAUAUGAAAAAGCAAGUUAAAAAUUACUUCCUUGAAGCUAAAUGGUUGCAUAAGAAACAUAUACCCACCUUGGAUGAAUAUAUGGCGCUCUCAGUAUUGACCACAACCUACCCUAUGCUGAUAACAACAUCAUUUGUUGCUAUGGGAGAUAUUGCUACACAAGACUCGUUGGAUUGGUUGGCCACUUAUCCCAGUGCUGUAAAAGGGGAUGCUGUAAUUUGUCGACUCAUGGAUGACUUAGUAGACUACAAGUUUGAGAAAAACAGAGGAACUGUAACCUCAGCUGUGGAGUGCUACAUGAAAGAAUAUGGUGCAUCAGAAGAAGAAGCAAUAAGUGGAUUGUGUAAGCAAAUCAGUGAUGCAUGGAAGGACAUAAACGAAUCAUUGUUCCUUCCUAAUGCUAUCCCACGAUCACUUCUGACACGAAUUGUAAACUUUGCUUCUACAAUGGAUGUUGCAUACAAGUAUGAAGAUGGCUACACUACUCAUCACGAGAUUGUGCUCAAGGAUUUUGUAGUUUCUACACUUGUACAAUCCGUACCUGUAUGAGCUUCAACCAUAUCCUGUAUAAGCCGAUGGAGGAUUGUAUUGUUUUUAAGUGUGCUCUGAUGGCGUCGAUUGGAAGCUGGCCAUUGCUCUUGCCUCUUGGUUUGAGCAUCAUUUGGUUUGAUUUUUUCUUUUGUUUCUCUUUAUUAUUUCUGACUCAAUCUGUUGAGUUUGCUUGUGUUUUUGUUGGUUGUGGCACGCGAGCCAUUGUUGUAAUCUUUUUCUUUUUACGGUUUGAGCAGCAUGUUUCUUUGCAAUCUACUUCUUUGUUGUAAUUGGGGUUUUCCCAAAACAAAAAUUAAAUAAUAAUAACAGUGAUGU